AAAUCCUUCCACCAACGCAAACACACAGCAAGGUACACCCGUGCUCGCGCAUCGCCAGGAAAUUGGCCUAUCGUGAUUUUAGGGCAGAAGUCUUCGCGCGUCAAUCCUGCCACCCCGAUCGACCAUGAUGCCGUCCUAAUCGCCAGUUCAACGAUGGCUGCAGCAUUACUGUUGUCUACUUAGGUCUGGAGCUCAGGCUUGCGACAACGAGACACAACACAUACACCACUCACGCCCAUCGCGGACUGCAACGAUGGAUUGGAGUAGAUUUAGAAACCCGGUGUACAACUUUGUCAACCUGGGCUCGCUUUAUAGUCAGACACAACAGAUCUGGAGUCGACCUGGGGAGCUCAGACCACCCCCAGUGGGCAGGCUCUACGCCGGUCUGAACUUGGGCAAUCUGUACAGACCAACUAACCCUAAUGAAUACGAUGAGCCUCUCGGCUGGGCAUACUUUGAAGAUGGCUCUGUGUUCUUCCAGCAUCAUCCCUAUAAUCACCACGACCUCCAGCAAGUUAUGAGGAUAGCCUCAUGUUUUGUGCGGAACCCUUCGGAUGGAAAGCUUGCUCUUAAGAGAAAAGAUGGCCAGACACAGAUGACACUUGUGGAGAGAUCGAUGUUGAGCCCUGUGUGGAGUCCUCACCAUCUUCACCUGUACGCACGGUACUCUAACACCGGAGAUAACAUAGUGGCUCCCCCAACAAGGUACAAAAAAGUAACCCUGGGAUUAGAUCCUACCUGUACCUCACCCAUCUCCACCCUUUUUUUCGACCGCCGCCUCGAUAAGAAGCGCUCUGCAGAACGCUUCUUCUUGGGUCUUAGAACCGGGUUGAACGAGUCGUUACCAUUCCGCGGCACACUUAUCAAUGGAGUUUUACAGCCCAACGUUCGUCUGGGCAAUGGGUUAAAAUUCUCGGUCGACUACUCGGGUCACGAGACUGAGCCACAGCAAAAACAGCAGCCGAGAGAAUCUUCAACAAUUGCUAAGGGAAUUCCAAGACGGACCAAGGGCGAACACUCAAGCGUUAUUAGAUCUACACCGGCAGCCGAACUGACGAGUGCGAAGAUACCACAUGAGUCAAAGCAGCGGCACGAGACACCGAGCUUUCACCGCCAUGCUACCAUACACCCUGAGAGUGAAGCUCUACAGCUGGAAGGGCAAGAGAAGCAGCAGAGUGAGCACUUUAGGGAGCAGCAGACUAUCAACCUUCCGCCAGAUCUAGCUCAAGCCUUGAGCCGCUUCGUGCAGCAACAGGGUGAAAGCUUUCAGGAACGAAAGGCUGAUCAACUUCAGAAACAGUUGAAUAAAACCGCACUCCACCUGGAAGAGAAGGUUUGGAAGCUUGAGCAGAAGCUGGCGGAAGCAAGCCGCUCCGUGCAGCAACAGGGUGAAAGCUUUUGGGAGCGAAAGGCUGGUCAACUUCAGAAACAGUUGAAUGAAACCACACGCCAUCUCGAGGAGAAGGUUCGGAAGCUUGAGCAGAAGCUGGCGGAAGUAAGGGAAAGAGAUGUGAAGGAAAGAAAGGACAAAGAGAGAGAUGCCCAAGCACAGGAUGAUGAAAUCCACGAUUUCCUUAAGGAGAACGACACCAUGCCUACCACUGCCCUCAAGUUGCUCCGGGCGGCAAAUCAAAAGCGCUAGAUCCUGGGCAGCAAACAUCGCAGCCAACACAGAAGAAUGAGGUAUCUUGUCUACGGCUUUAUCAUACAAAGACAAGCCGACUUACUCCUCUUCACGGAUCCUUUGCGUCUA